AGUAAAGUUAAUAAAAUUUCUUUCGUAAACAAAAUAAUACAUUUUGCUAGGUUGACUAAUUGUCGUUUAACGAUAUUAUUUAAGAUAUGUAUUAUUUAUUUUGUUGGUUAUGUUUUAAUGAUACACUAAACAUUAAAUGGGUAUUAAAGCUUUCUAUGAAGUUGUUUUAGUUAAAUAAGAUAAUACGAAUAAUGACAAGUUUUAGGCAUCAUUUAUAAUGUUACGCGUUAAAUACAUUAGGUGUACAUUUAGAUGAUACAGUAUUUAAGUCAACUCUACAUUUGACUAUUUUAGUCGGGGUCACAUAAUUAAUAUAAAACCGACAUAGUUGCUUAAUAUAUUAAUUACUAUAUGACAAUACUCAAGUAUCUAACUAUACUAACGUUUUUGGUAUUCAUGGUUUUUGCUCGUUUAAAGUUAUGGGUAAUUGGACCAGUUGUUGUUCGUAUAGCAGUCCUUUACCUAGUCGUAAGGAAGUCAAUGGUACUGUGAAUGAGUUUCCUCAAGAAGGCGAAGAAAGUGUUGGAAAUCUUCAGCAUAUUAGUGAACGUGAACAAGAUGAUUGGAACACUGAUCCAUCAGUUCACCCCAAGGUUGCCACAUUAUUUUUAGAACGAUCUAAAGUUGAAAAUGGAUUAAUCAGAAAACAUAGUCAAUCUCAGAUAGUUGAUUUUCGAUCUCUUAAAAAAAGUAGUUCUUGUUCCACUAUAUAUUUAGAUGAUAGUACAGUUUCUCAACCUAAUUUAAAAAAUACAGUCAAAUGUGUAGCACUAGCAAUUUAUUACCAUAUAAAAAAUAGAACUUCUGAAAGGCAAAUGGAAAUUUUUGAUGAAAAAUUACAUCCACUUACAAGAGAUCAUGUACCUGAUAAUUAUAAUAUACUAAGUCCAGAACAUCGCCAAAUAUACAAAUUUGUUCGAACAUUAUUUAAUGCUGCCCAAUUAACAGCUGAAUGUGCAAUUGUUACCCUUGUUUAUUUAGAAAGGUUAUUGACAUAUGCAGAAAUUGAUAUAACACCUGCUAAUUGGAAAAGAAUUGUGCUUGGAGCAAUUUUAUUAGCUUCAAAAGUAUGGGAUGACCAAGCCGUGUGGAAUGUUGAUUAUUGUCAAAUUCUUAAAGAUAUAACAGUUGAAGACAUGAAUGAAUUGGAACGUCAAUUUUUAGAAAUGCUUCAAUUUAAUAUAAAUGUUCCAUCAAGUGUUUAUGCCAAGUAUUAUUUUGACUUGCGUUCCUUGGCCGAAAAUAAUGAACUAACAUUCCCUGCAGAGCCUUUGAGCAAAGAAAGAGCAAAAAAAUUGGAAGCUAUGUCUAGAGUAUUUGAAGAUAAAAUAACAGCAGAAUUCUUAAAAAAUGGAGUUAAAAAAUGGUCUAGUUUAGACAAUGUAAGUUGUGCUGCAAUUACAAGAAGAAGUGCUGCUAUUUUGUCUUGAAAAAUUUGAUGUUAUUAAAUUAUAACAAUGAAUAAUAUGACGUCACCAAAAUUGUGAUUAUUAAUCAUUUUAAUUAAAGUUACUAUAGUAUUAAGUCCCUUCCUCAGCUAACUUUUUUAUUUGGUACUCAAGAUAUAUGAACAUUUUUAGUCAUUUUUUUUAUAUUUAUACAUAUAAAGUAUACUAAAGCUUUACUGAUCAUUCAAUAUUUUAUUACUUUAUAUUUUUAAAUAAUUAACAAAUAUUUUCAUUCAAUCAAUAAAAUAUUGACUAAUAAAUUUUAUUUAGUGUUACUAGAAUUUCAUUAUUCAUAC